GCAACUAAAAUUUAAGAUCCACCAACUUACUUGCCUUUUCUACCCCUAUAUAUAUGCAUUUGCUGAAUCCAUUGCUAGAACCAUCACAUUAAGCAUAUCCUCAGCCAAUACAUCUGACUAUCACAGAACAUUCCUUGCCAAAACCAAGGAAUACAAAACAGAACCAAAUUGGAGCAAUUCGUCAAAUAUGGAGCAGAUUCUGGCACAUGUUAUUGGAAUUCCAGUAAGCUCAUCAUCAAUGGCAUAUCCAAACAAACUUUUACAGGAACCUGCUAGCCAAUACCAUAUUCUCUAUUCUUCAAAUGGACCUCUAAAAUUAAAACAUAAUAAAGAAGAUAGGGUGAAUAAACUUGGAGGAAAAGCAGACAACCUUGCAAAUGGCAUACGUGAGCUUGUGAGAUUGGGGCCCAAGAUCUCCGAAAUUGUGAAGGGGAAACUAAGCUUGGGGGCUAAAAUUAUUCGAGUAGGUGGUUUGGAGAAGAUUUUCAAGCACAAUUUCAGUGUUAGAGAAGGAGAGAAGCUGCUAAAGGCUUCCCAAUGCUGUUUGUCAACAACAGCUGGUCCAAUAGCAGGCCUCCUCUUCAUCUCCACCGACAAGGUUGCCUUCUGCAGUGAUAAAUCCAUCAAAUUGUCUUCUCCAACUGGUGAUUUUGUAAGAAUUCGUUACAAGGUCUUGAUCCCGGUAGAAAAGAUGUUGAGAGCCGGUGAAAGCCAAAAUGUGAAGAGACCAUCACAGAAGUACAUCGAAAUAGUUACUGUGGAUAAUUUUGAUUUCUGGUUUAUGGGAUUCCUGAAUUAUCAAAAAACUUUGAAAUCUCUUGAGCUGGCAAUCUCCCAAGCUCGGUGACACACAACUUGGCUCAUAAGUGAUCCAAACAGAGAUUUUUUUUUGUCCUGCUAUAUUAUAUCUAGAUGUGUUUAUAUUAAGGAAACAAAACUAUACUGUAUUUUGUAGUCACUGUUAUAUAUAAUUAAAAUUUAGUAGUUUUCUUUGAUCA